UUUACCGCCCGAAAGCGGUUCGAGAGAGCGCCAAGUGUGCUCGGAGCUUAAAACAUACUGGCCACCCGCGGCGGACGCACGGCUCGCCCGAAGGGUUCCAAAUUCAAACUGGAAUUCGUUUACGUCAAAAUUUAAAUACAUUCGAACUUUGUUCUUUUUCCAAAUUGGUUCUCCGUCGUCAUGUGAUUUUGUUUCAAGUUUAUUGGAUUUUUGUCGUGUUAAAAAUGGAAGUUAGUGCUAUGCCUCCGAUGCCUUUGGACUUCUCGAUGGUGCGGAGUGACGGCGGGUCCCCGGGGCGCCGCGACGCCUCCCCACGGCCGGUGUCCAACAGCGCCUUUCGCGUCGUCACCCCAAAAGGAGUGACAGCCUCCGAGGCGCUACGCAACAGCCUGUGCCAGUCGCUGUGGAACGCGCACGCGCAACAGCCGGAGUUACGCCGCGCAACGCCGCCGCCGCGCGCGCAACACGACCAUGUUACGUACCAUGCGAAAGAUGAAAUUAAGUUUGGCAUCGACCGGCUGGUGGACCGCACUGACGACGACGAGGAGGAGGUCCAGCACGGGGACCACGCGACGCACGCGGCCACGUCGCCGGGCUCGCGCUGCGGCACCCCGUGCUGGCCCUCGCCCGCCUCCCCCCCCUCCCCGCACUCCGCGCGCAGCUCCUCACCUGAGCUAGAAGUCAGCUCGCCCCCCUCGUCGCCCCGAAGAAUACCGGACACAUCGCCUCCACCAAAAAGAUCGGAAGCGUUCUCCGUGAGCGCGCUACUCCGGCCCGACGCGCCGAGAGUUCCUCCUCAGCGGCCGUUCCUAUACCCUCCUCUACCAUUCGCUGAGUUUCUCCGCGACGCGGGGGGGUUAGGCGUGGUGCCGGGGUGGGGGGGGUACAGUAACCUGUACCUGCACGCGCCGGAGCUGCUGCGGCUGCGCGCGGCGGUGCUGGGCGCGCCGCCCGCCCGCCCGCUGCUGGGCGGCGACGUGUACUCGUGCGUCAAGUGCGAGAAGAUGUUCAGCACGCCACACGGCCUCGAGGUCCAUGCUAGAAGGUCGCACAAUGGGAAGCGCCCGUUCGCUUGUGAGCUGUGCAGCAAGACGUUUGGACACGAAAUCAGCCUUAGCCAACAUAGGGCGGUGCACAGCGUGGAAAAAGUCUUCGAGUGCAAGCAGUGCGGCAAGACGUUCAAGCGCUCCAGCACGCUGUCCACGCACCUGCUGAUCCACUCGGACACGCGGCCCUACCCGUGCCAGUACUGCGGCAAGCGCUUCCACCAGAAGAGCGACAUGAAGAAGCACACCUACAUUCAUACUGGUGAGAAGCCUCACAAGUGCCAGGUGUGCGGAAAGGCGUUCAGCCAGAGCUCCAACCUCAUCACACACUCACGAAAACACACCGGAUUCAAGCCCUUCGCAUGCGACCUCUGCGGGCGCGCCUUCCAGCGCAAGGUGGACCUGCGGAGACACCGCGAGACCCAGCACGCGGAGCUGCGGCCGCCGCUACACGACGCGCGCGCCCUGCCGCCGCCGCACCACCCCGAGCACAGGAUAGAGCUCCGCGCGCCGCCCCCGCCCCCCGAGUACCGGCCUCACCUCCCCGCCGGCCUGCCGCUCCAGACGCUCGCCUCCUGAAGCAGCGCCGCCUUCGCGCCCGUCUGGCGCUGAGGCUGUGAGGAACCGAGGGUAGUAAGGGUUGGGUAGAUGGCGUGGUAGGUGAACAACAGUCACCGUAUACUGUAAGCUUAGAUUACGAGUACGAACAAGAUGGUUUGUUACAAAAAAAACGCAUUAUGAUUACUGUUAACCUUUUUUAGAGAAGGAUGGCCUAGUGACAGCCCCAGUCUCCUCAAAGGAGUAGCGGGAAUGAAGAAGAAACAUUUUUAAGUUCAACCUAAUGACAACCAUUGUACCAACGAAUAAAGUCACAAUAAAUCUUCUAACCGAACUAAUGCAAAAUAAGAGCUCAGUGUUAGAAGAGUAGGGUGUUAUUUGUCUAGAUGAGUCUUUUGCACUGACACUUCAUCUAGUUCGUAUUAAAAUAUCGUUGACUGUAAGCUUGUGAACCCUACUUAUUUACAUUCACACAUUACAUUACAUUAUAAUAUCUAGAGUGGUAUUCAACAUAAUUUUCCUAAUAUUGAUAUUCCUACCCAUUAUUGAUUGAUUUCAUUUCAUGUUCUUAUAGGUGUAUCAAUUUUUUAAAUAAUUAUGACGUUCACGGUGGAAGUCAAGGAUUUAAAGUGAGGCAUCAGCGCUGUUUAUUUAUGAUAUGAAUGGCCUCAAGAGUAGUGUAGAUUUUCCUUUAAUUACUAUGUGUAAAACACUGUAAAUUAAUAUCGCACUGUUGAUGUUUAAUUAAUGUAAGCUACAUUACCAAAGAUUUUUUGUGAGUAACUGAUCUCAUUGUAAAAAUGUAAAGACAUUAAAAUGUAAAUAAGUGUAAGGAUUUUGGUAGGUAAUUACCUAAAAUUCAUUUGUAAUUUUUAAUUAGUAAAAAAUAAGUAUUUUUAAACUGUAUCAUCAUUCCAAAGAUUCAAAGCAUUCAUGUAUGGAUGACUGUAAGCAACUUAGACCAAAAUUUUGUUAUUUGUAGUUAUAAUGAAAGUAUCUUACCUAUUAUAUUUUUUUUACUUAUUUUGGAUUCCAUUGAUCAUUCCGAAGAUUAUAUUUUUUGGGUUUUAUGAAAUAAUAUUACUUACAUAGAAUUGUUUGAUGUUUCUAUCAACAGCAAAACUUAGUUUAAUUUUAAGAAAAAAAAUGUAAGCACUUAAGUGUAACAUUCCUUAAUUAAAGGCACAAUUUAUAGUCAUAAAAGAACGAAAUCAUUAUACCCAAUGACAUCCUAUAAUUUAACUGAUUUAUAAUAAUUAUACUCAAUUAAUUCAAGUGUUAGAAAUAGGUUUUUAGGAUUUCAAUAUUAUGCAAUAUUUUUGUGUAAAUAUUUAGUUAGCUACUCAAGAAAAUAAUCCAAUUAAUCAAUGAAUUCGAUGUGAUGUGUACCAACUUUUAUUGUUAAAUACACUUGAUAAAUAUUUAUUUGUUGUUUUUUAUCUAUUGUAAAUGUUAAAUCGUUGUAGUAUUAGUCAAAAAUAAAAUAAAAAAACUUCGCAACUAGAAUACUUAGGUACUUCCGUAAGUAACAUUCAUUGCAAUAACAUAAUAAUUAUAGUGAAAAGUACGUUUGAUUUUCAAUUCAAAGCGUUUUAUGUUUAACUCCUGAAAAUAAUUAGAAUCAUUACAAGGUUGAUCAAAUAUAAUACACUUAUUUCAAUAGAAAGGUUUUCUUUCUUUGUCUGUGUUUAAACUUAAAAUCACUGUAAAUAUGUAAAUAAAUAUUCUUAAUGUGUAAACGAAUCCAAAGACAAACGUGCAAUCCUUAUUUCAUAAUUGUAACGAUAAAUGUAAGCACUUAAAUAAAUAUUUACUAUCAAACUA